AUGGAGCUCCCAACGAUUGAGCAAAUGAGCCUGCAAGCAAGUCCAUCCGAGAUCGAGGAAUGGGUCGAACGGUUCGAGCUAUGGUGCAGCAUUCGCAGAGAUGGUACACAGAAUCAGUCAACCCUUUUUCUUAUUGUUUUCGGCCGUGACCCGUACUACCUGUUGAGAAACCUGGCGUUCCCUGAUGCUCCAGCCACACUACAAUACGAGUCCCUGAAAUCGCUGCUGCCCAACCACCUGCUGCCCACUGAAUUCCAAGCACAUGAAAGGGUUAAAUUCAACUCCAUGAUUUGUGCCGAUCAUGCUUCCUGCCGUGAAUUCAUCCAGCAGCUGAACAAACGAGAAUUACGCUGCAACUAUUAUGAUCGCCUGGAAGUACAAAUGUGUGACCGCUUGGCGGCAGGCAUCAAUAAUCUGACUCUUCAACGAAAGUUGCUGGAGAAGAAAGAUUUAACUUUUGCCGAUGAUCGCAAGAUCUGUGAGCAACCCUAA